CUAAAAUAAAUAAAUAUCGAACCUACCAUAGAACCUACCAUCUACUACAUAGGUACUUACCUUAUUUAUCUACAUUCGUGAUACCCUCGAAACACUUAAUUCAUACAAUAUUAAUUAUACACCAACCGUUACAAUCAAUACCUACCGAUUGACUACUUAUCCUCACCAAAUUAACCUAUUUCUCACCUCACGAAUCUUACACUCGACCCCGUGUCAUCAUUUCCCAUGAGCGAAACUACAGUUGUCGUAAACGAGCUCGGUGAGCGGCGAUCUCAACACCAUGAGGCUGAUGUCGUUGUAGUCGGAGCAGGCGUUUUUGGCUGCGCGGUCGCCUAUGCUCUAGCCGACCAGGGCAGAAGCGUCAUACUCUUAGAGCGAUGGAUGAAGGAGCCUAACCGCAUCGUUGGCGAGCUGAUGCAACCCGGUGGCGUCAACUCGUUAAGGAAGCUAGGCUUGGGACACUGCAUCGAAGAUAUCGAUUCUAUACCAUGCAAUGGAUUCAACGUCUUCUUCCACGGCCAAGAUGUCCGCAUGCCCUACCCUGAAAUGGAGUGGCUCGGUCUAUCCGAUGGCAAAGAGAAAGGAUCUAAUAAGAAAGAAAAGACAGAGGGCACAAGGCCCCAGGGAAAGAGUUUUCACCAUGGCCGCUUCAUCAUGCAGCUGCGCCGGGCCUGCCUCGAACACCCCAAUAUCAGCGUGUUUGAAACCGAGGCUAUCAAUACGAUUAAGGGAGAUCACAAUGCCGAGAUCCUCGGUGUGGAGACCCGUACCGUCAAUGCCACUACCGGCGAGAAGGAUCCCGACUGCUUCUUCGGCCAGCUGACCAUCAUCGCUGACGGUUAUGCCUCUCGCUUCCGCAAACAAUUUCUCUCCGAGACCCCGGUCGUCCGCUCUAAGUUUUACGCUCUCGAGCUCUACGACUGUAAGCUACCAAGCCCAGGGUUUGGUCACGUCAUCAUUGGUGCCUCGAGCCCCGUCCUCCUCUACCAGAUCGGCACCCACGAGACCCGUGUCCUCGUGGACGUUCCCGAAAAGCUGCCUGCUGCAUCCCCCGCAAACGGCGGUGUCAGGGGAUACAUGGCCAAGGUCGUACUUCCCGCCCUACCAGCUUCCGUGCAGCCCUCCUUUCAAGCGGCUCUCGACAAAGACUCCAAGAUCCCGCAGAGCAUGCCCAAUAGUUGGCUCCCGCCAUCGAAGCAAUCCACCCCCGGCCUCGUCAUCCUCGGUGAUGCAUUCAACAUGCGGCACCCGCUGACUGGCGGUGGCAUGUCCGUCGCCCUCAACGAUGUUGUGCUGCUCCGAGACCUGCUCUCACCCGAGAAAAUCCCGGACCUCUCCAACACGGCCGCCGUACGCCGCGCUAUGGGCAACUUCUACUGGCAGCGCAAGAAGCUCACUGCCAUCAUCAACGUCCUAGCCAUCGCGCUAUAUAGUCUAUUCGCGGCGCAGAACGCCCAACUCGCUAAGCUGCAACGAGGCUGCUUCGCCUACUUCCAGCGCGGCUACGUAAAUGGACCCAUGGGUCUGUUGGGUGGCUUGAUCCCCGACCCCUUAGUCCUGUGGUACCACUUCUUCUCCGUCGCCUUCCUCGCUAUCUGGCUCGAUUGGAGACAGACUGGCCUCUGGAAGAUACCAGUACUAAUCUGGAACGCGUUUAUGAUCCUGUGGACAGCGAGUACGGUAUUUUUACCAGUGCUGUACCGGGAGCUGCUCGUCUAGAUGAAGUUAUUGCUCUAUCAUCUGACAUACACUUUGGAUACAUGGCCCGGGAUAGGUGAAAGGGGUUUUCUUGGUUUUUAUGCCAAUGAGGAUAGGGGAUAUGGGAUAUGCAUGGGAGCGGCUGGGUGCUUCUCUUCUACCUUACGGUGAUGUGGCACUGUAUCCAAGGGUUUGAUACAUACCUACUCUCCCUUUGAGGAGUAGUGAGAAGAAAGAAGCACCUUUUCGACAUGAUAUGAUUGAGAUAAGGUUUUUACGCCACAAGACAGUUCUCUCUAACCUACUCGGUUAGUCAGUCUGCUACCCAGGUGUCUAUUUUUAGCUAGGCACUUUUUUGGCUUGCUCCCCAGUGGCGGUAACGAUGACGACGGCGGCAUGGAACGGGAAGAUUAUUAAAGAGAAAGGAGAACCCCGGAGUUUGCCAGUGGUGUUCUCUUGACGUAUAUAUAACACACACCCAAAUACUUACUUAAUUCUAAUGAUUCAAGAGUACCACCUUACCUAUUUACCUACUCUGAUUUGCUUGCCCUUUUUGGUCGUAAGAUUCAUAGAUAUAUAGAUAUAUAUAAAGUGC